CGUCAAAGACGCACAUUUUUACAGCUGUGUAGUAAAUAAACGAAUGACACACAGACGUUGAUGCUAGGAAUUUGUUAUCAAGAAUAAUUGUGGAUACAAUAUUAAUGAUUUUGCACCAGCAACAUUUUUGCUGUGGAAGUUAACGGGAGUCAUUGUGCUUAGUCUUUGACCGUCGAAGCGGUAGGAGGUUUCCGCGUUAGCUAGUUAGAGCUAGACAGCUAUUGCGUUGCUAGGCUAGCUAAUGUUUGCUACCCAGGCUAACAAGUAGCGUCAACGUAACGUUAGCUAUAUAAUUUAGUUGAAUUGUUUUCACUGCCUGCGUUUACAACAUAGCUCGACAAAUAUCGGCUAACUAGGGAUAUCCAAUAUGCUACCAACUAACUAGCUAUAUAUAGAGCUGAGUCAGCUAACGGUGGACCCAAGUGGGCCCGAUCUGGACUCUGGGAACGUUAUUUGUCUACUUGUUAAAUUACCAAGACUGUUUUGCUCAUCUAUCCAGUCCAGUGCCAAUACCAACGUUGAUGCACCUCUCCUGUAUCUGUCUGUUGCUGGCUAAUAAGGCAAGACUGCCUCGCCCCGGUGUUCUACUGUGGCCAAUGCCACCGGCUCUGCCUGCCGAGAGAACUGGAAUUUCAAUCCCGAGAAGAACGAAGAAUAAACACAGCUAGCUUGCUACAACAGUAUAACUUGCUUGUAGUCCCGUUUUGGGAAUACUGAUCGUUGGACCUGAGUGCAAUUCAUUCAAGUUGACAUGUCGGAGUUCAACAAAGAAGUGGUGGAUUUAGUCUGGGGGAGACCUUCCAGUGGCGGAGUGUCUGGUUCUCUAUUUCGGAGAUGGACUCAAGGGUUUGCCUUCAGUGAGAAUGAGCCCUCAGCCCUGGAGCAGUUUGAAGGAGGACCAUGUGCUGUCCUUGCCCCUGUUCAGGCCUUCCUCUUGAAGACUAUCCUGUUUAAUCGUGAUAGUUCCAACUGGAGACGCCUCACAGAAGAAGAGCAGAGAGCAACCCUGUGCUCCACCCUGAGUGAGAUCCUGGAGUCAGCCUGCUCCACCCCCUCCGUCAGCUACUGUCUGGUGUCCUGGGCCAAGGGACAGGGCCCCCACACCAGCACACACACUCACACAGAAACACACACCUCUCAGGAGACAUCAAAGCCUGAGAGCAGCCAGCCACAGCAAGAUCAACUACCCACUGCUUUGGCUGCAGAGGAUCUUGGCUUUGAGCGAUUUCACAGCAUCCUCCAUAAGCGGACGGUCAGCUCUGUGGCAGAGCUGAGAGAGGAGAUACUGUCCCUCUCACAAACCUGGAGGGGGCGCUGUGGAGUCCUGUUGUUUCUCUACUCUGUCAUCCUCACCAAGGGCAUAGAGAACAUAAAGAAUGAGAUUCAGGACACGGCAGAGCCUCUGAUAGACCCAGUGUACGGCCACGGCAGUCAGAGUCUAGUCAACCUCCUCAUAACGGGCCAUGCUGUGUCUAAUGUAUGGGAUGGAGACAGAGAGUGUUCUGGGAUGAAGUUGCAUGGUAUCCACAACCAGGCGUCAGUAGGCUUCCUCACGCUUAUGGAGUCACUACGCUACUGUAAGGUUGGUGCGUUCCUGAAGUCUCCAAAGUUCCCUAUUUGGAUACUUGGCAGUGAGACUCAUCUCUCUGUGUUCUUCGCCAAGGAGAUAUCCCUGGUGGACCCAGAGUCAGCCUCAGAGCAAGCCAGGAGAGUGUUCCAGACCUUUGACCCUGAAGAUAAUGGCUUCGUACCUGACUCUAUGCUGGAAGAUGUCAUGAAGGCCCUUGACCUUGUCUCUGAGCCCGACUACGUGAGCCUGAUGAAGAGUAAGCUGGACCCUGAGGGGUUGGGAGUCAUCCUCCUGGGCCCGUUCCUCCUCGAGUUCUUCCCUGAUCAGGACUCAGGAAUCCCAGACUCGUUUCCUGUCUACCACUACAAUGGACUGAAGCAGUCCAACCACAAUGAGAGGGUGGAGUACGUGGAGGGGACAGCCCUGGUUCUAGGUUUUGAGGACCAGAUGGUUCGUACAGACGACACCCCAGUCAAGCGCUGCCUGCAGACCAAGUGGCCCUACGUGGAGCUGCUGUGGACCACCGAGCGCUCCCCAUCACUCAACUAGCCCGGCCGUGUGUGUGUGUGUGUAUGAGUAUGAAUGUAAGGACAGCCUCCCCCCCCCCCCAACCAACCAACCUUCAGUCUGACACUAGAGGUCAGAAGGUCCCAGAGACUGAGACACACACAUGAGACAGUCCCCCCACACACACACAAACACACUUUGGAUCCACACACGUUUACUGUUUGUUCUAUGGUCUGUUGUACACAGCUUGUAAAUCGACACACAAGAUGUUAAGUGGUGUGAUGUAAGAACUGGAUGACUCAGCAGAAUGGAUGUCUCGGCUAGGGGCGUGUUCUGCUGGGACUCUGGGUUCUGAUGGCCCACUGGUACGACAUCUGGCCUGGCCAGCGUCUCUGGAACUGUCCUGCCUUCCACCCAACGUCAUCCCCAGUGACUUGAAAACCAACACUGUACAUUUUUGUCACUCCAGCUGUGACUGUUCUAGAGAAUAAUGACCAAAGCCUUUUUGCAUGAAACACAUACACAUACAGCCUGUUAACACACUACCACACUUCUACAAAAUCUACCUGCUGUUUACAGCUUCAAGGGACCACUCCUCAGUCUUUGGAGGCGGAGCAGCUAGCAGGAAGUGUCUCACCGUCUUUUUGGUGUUUGACCCGGAAGUAGACCCCGGGCCAGGUUUGGUCAAGGUGGUGUGUUAUCUUUUACACAUUUCGACGGAAUACUCCUGUAUUUAUUUCCACAGUUAUGACGUUAAGAAAUAAAACAUGUUUUUUUCUUCACAC